AGCGAUCAUCAGCGACACGAAGAGAGUUUUGAAUAACACAAGGCACGGCGGUGCAGUGACUGACCUUGUCCCACGAAGAUGGCGAGUUUCGUCAGGCUAAGUUCUAUCUGUCAUCGAGGUGUAAAACCUUUAUUUACGAGGAGCAGUUUCUUACCUCGUGAAUUGCUUGCAUGUCGGGCGUUACGUGAGAAGGAUUCCAUGCAAGUUCAAGUCCAUGCAUCAUCACAUUCAGCUGCGAGCGCCAAGGCAGCUUCCAUGCACUGGACCGGUGAGCGGUUGCUGAGUGUGGUUCUGCUGGGUAUGGUACCUGCUGCCUACCUGUACCCAGGUCCAGCAGUGGACUAUACCGUGGCUGCAGCGCUCACUCUUCAUGGCCACUGGGGGAUUGGCCAAGUCCUAACAGACUAUGUUCAUGGUGAGACAAAAAUCAAGCUUGCGAAUGCUGGUUUAUACACUUUAUCCAUGGUCACCUUUGCUGGGCUGUGCUACUUCAACUACAAAGAUGUGGGGAUCUGUAAAGCUAUUGCCAUGCUCUGGAGCAUCUAGGGCACUGCAAGACAGUCCUGCCUCUCUGUGGAAUCACAAAGGUUUCAGCUAAUGUCAUACACAACUUGAAGUCAUGUUAUUUUCUUAUUUGGAGGACUGUCAUUUGGCAGUGUUUGAGGCAAGGGCAUCUAAUUUAUUUUAUUAUAUGUUGUCUAUAUAUUUUCUUGUUUGUUUUUUUUUGUUAUUGUCAUGCACAAACACUUUCUUUGCCUCACAAACACAUGCCCUUGUAGUUGUACCUCUUGUCACUGUUAAAAAAUGGUUUGCCCAAUACUGUUUUUUUUUUUUUUUUUUUCAAAUCUCCAAAUGGCGAAGCAUUCCAAAGCAGUUAAGCUGCAGUGUAUGAAAUAUAUUGCAUGCCUUCCUUUGUAUUUUUUGUCCAUUCACACUCGAAGGAAUGAACAGAUUGUAAACACUUGUUUCUUUCACUGCCAAGUGUCCCCCUGAUGAUGCCUCAUUAGUUCAUGAAGGGAAUUUGAACUGAUCAAUCUGUAAAUCCCUCACAUUGCCCAUAUGGGUAGCAUUUCAUAAAAGGAACUUACAAGGAAAUAUCUAAGAACUCAUACUUGACUUGGGGCAUUUAUUUAUUUUACAAUACAGCAAAUAAAUAUGUACUUAAAA